AUGCUACUAUUGCUACUAGUGGUGCUAGUUCUAACGCUCCCGUCUCCAGCUGUCGUAACACCUAGUCCGCGCGGCAAUGUCGGCGCCUCGGGUGCUGCUACUAACGCUUUCGCCGCGCAUCGCCUCCCCAGCCCGGCUGCUCCGCUGCCCGAACCUAAGGCCGCCACGUCAGCUAUCGCCACUUCAGCAGGUCCUGUCCAGGUAGGAGCCGACGUUCAGAGCCCGCGGGGAGUGGCGGCGGGCGGAAGCUUCCAGAGUCCGCGCGGGCGGAAGAAGCCGUCCGCCGCGCAGCCGUUGCGCACCCCCAAUGCAUUGGCGCGGCUCCCCCUCCCCGCAUCUUCCGCCGCCGCCUCAUUCGCCGCCUCCGCCCCCUCCACCGCUUCCACCUCCUCCACAUCCUCCAUCCCCGUCGGCGCAUCUUCCAUCUCCCCCUCCACCCAUUCCGCCUCCCCUUCCGCGGCUUCCGCCUCCCCCGCCGCGCAUUCCCCCGGCGCCAUCCAACCCGCGGAAAACCCUUCCAUAAAUGCUUCCCCGCGAACCGCCGCCGGCGCUGCGCUCGCUCAGGCAGCGCAGGUUGGGUCCGCCACUCCCUCUCCUACCGCCACGCCCUCCGCUGCCGGCGUUGCCGGCGUCCCCGGCACCCCCGGUGUUCCGACGGCUGCGGGCACGGCAACUGCGGCGGUACCCCUUCCGCUGCCAGCAAGCGGCGCGAUCGCUGCGCGAGCAGCGGCCGCGUCCAGCGCGCAACCCGCGAGCCCCGCAGGUGGCGCGGGUGGCGGGGGGGGCAGGGGGGGCGCGGGCGGUGCAGGGGGCGCGCGGGCUAUGUUUCCGCCUUCCCCCAGCGCCGCCCCCUUGGGGGCGAGUGAGCGGGGGAUGGGGGGAGGAGGGGAGAGAAAUGUGCUGCAGAUGGCGGGGGGACUUGCGGAGGAGGGUAGAAUCGGCGAGGGCGGGUUCGGCGUGGUGUACAAGGGGAGCUUACCCACGAAAAGCGGGCGCAAGAUUCCUGUGGCUGUGAAAGUGCUGAAUGCGGAGGGGCAGCAGUCGGAGGUCAGCGUGUUGGCCCACCUCACGGCCCACCUCACGGCCCACCUCAUGGCCCACCUCCCCCAUCCCUUCCCUCCCUUCUCCCUCUACCCCCUCUUCCCUCCCCAUCUCCCCCUCCUCCUCUCCCCCUCCCGCUCUCCCUCUCCGCCACUCCCCCUUUGCCGCCAUCUCUCCCUCUCCUCCCCAGGUGAGCGCGAGUGGUUAACAGAGGUCGGCGUGGUGGCCCAUCUCUCCCACCCCAACCUCGUCUCUCUCGUGGGCUACUGCGUGCACCACCACCACUGCAUGCUCGUCUACCCCUAUCUGCCCAACGGCUCCCUCGAGCAAAGACUCUUCGUUCUGCCUGCAAAGGAAACGCCGCUGAUGUGGCAGCAGCGGAUUGGCAUUGCGGUCGGGGCGGCAAAGGGCCUGGCGUAUCUACACAAGGAAAUGGAGAAGCCGAUAAUCUACCAUGAUUUCAAGAUGUCCAACAUCCUCCUGACCAAGGACUGGCAGGCUAAGCUCUCCGACUUUGGGCUUGCGAGAAGCGGGCCCGAGGGGGACAACACACACGUGUCUACUAGGGUGGUGGGCACUGUGGGCUAUGCGGCACCGGAAUACGUGCUGACGGGGCAUCUGACGGUGAAGAGUGACGUGUACGCCUUUGGAGUGGUGCUUCUGGAGCUCAUGGCUGGGCGGCUGGCUCUAGACAAGUCAAGUCACACCUUUGCCACUGCAGUCACACCUUUGCCACUGCAGUCACACCUUUGCCACUGCAGUCACACCUUUGCCACUGCAUUCACACCUUUGCCACUGCAGUCACACCUUUGCCACUGCAGUCACACCUUUGCCACUCCCUUGCAAGAGUCAGUGAGGCAGUCCCCGCCCGCUACAGCCACCACUACGCUAGAGUGGGCAGCCCCCUUCCUGGCUUCCCCUUCCAAGCUCUAUCGAAUCAUGGACCCUGCUCUCUCCAUCCCCCACCCUCUUCCCCUCGUUCUUUCCCUCCUACCCCGAUCCCAAACCCACUGCAGGCCCAAGGAGGAACAGUCUCUAGCAGAGUGGGUGGCCCCGUUCUUAGCUUCGCCCUCCAAGCUCUAUCGGAUCAUGGACCCGGCCCUCUCCAUUCCCUCUCCCCCGUCACAGGCCCAAGGAGGAACAGUCUCUGGCAGAGUGGGCAGCCCCCUUCCUAGCUUCCCCCUCCAAGCUCUACCGAAUCAUGGACCCGGCCCUAUCGGGCCGCUACAGCGUGAAGGGCGCCCAGAUGGCGGCGGCUGUAGCGCGGGACUGCCUCACCUGCAAGGCCAAGCAGCGCCCGCGCAUGUCGGAGGUGGUAACCGCGUUGCAGCUGGUGCUGGAGCUGUUUGA